UAUUUGUGGUCGCAGCUUGCCGCUUGCGUACAGAGGAGGAGAGGCUACCUUCGCUUAUUUUACCAGUUCAACAUUUAAAUACCCUUCCACCGGAGCUGUUAUGCUUUGACCAAACCCCCAACCCCUCCUAACACUGCUACAGGAGUUUCCCGGUGAGUGCAGAGCCUCGGAGCAGCCCUCGAGCCCCGGCCCGCAGCAGGAUGUCCCGCCUGGCCUUCCAGACUCAGCUGGCCUCCAUCAUGGAGGUCCUCGCUAACGCAGCAGUGGCGGAGAUCUGUAAGCUGGUGGACGAUGACUAUGCGGUGGUCAGUUUACAGAUGUCGCAGUGUCAGAGGGAAAACAAAGGCCUGAAGAGGAAGCUCCACCUGCUGGAGCUGAAGAUGGCCCGGGGAAACGCCGAGAGGAGGCUCCGGGAGAGCGCCAUUAACAGCAGCCGCUCCAGGGUGCAGAUACACGGCGACAGGCUGCGGGAGUUCUCGCCAUCCACCGGUGUGUUUGAGAGGCGGAUAGAGGUGGCGCUGUGGCCGGGUAAAGCUGCAGCAGGGCGGCCGAGCACCAGGCCCGUCCACUCUGACAGCGUCCAGAGGAAGUCUCCAGACGUGGAGCUGGUGGAGCCAGAGGUGAUGCUGGUGAAGGAGGAGAAGGUGGAGGCCAACUUGAGAGUUGAAGAAGCGGAGGACAACGUGCCGUUCAUAGGAGAGGACGGCGUGGUGGAGGAUGGAGCUGGAGGACAGGAGACUCAGUCCACUUCCAGUCAGACCCGGGCCCAGAUCCAGAGCAGCAGGAGACCCCCGGGCGGCAGCAGCCGAGGAGUGGAGGAGGAGGUGGAGCCAGAUGUGGUGCUGGUGAAGGUAGAAGAGGGGGAGCCAGGGAGCCAGACGGGCCUCAGCAUACAGGAGGGGUUGGUGGAGUCGAGCACCGACGACUACAGAGCUGUUCAGCCGUUUGAUGACAUCACACAAACCACCAAUCAGCUGUCCGACCUGCAGGAGUCAGGGCCGGGCUUCUCAGAGUCUGCAGCCCCUCAGUCAUCGGUGGACCCCUGCAGUGUGGCGGCGGUCCAGCUGAGGGUACCAGACACCAUCUCAGCAGCUACCUCCAGAGCACAACAACAGCAGAGGUCCAGCACCAGCACCCCCCUCAGCUCUGAGUACUCUCUGUUUGAGCUGGAGACCUUCUUCACCCGCUGGGCCCCCGACAGUGACUCAGCCAGCAGGGGCCCUUCAUUUCCUCUCCCUGCUGAUGACUCAGCAGAGUGUGACCAGGAUGCAGUUAUCAUAGUAGAGAGUGAAACACAGCCUCCACCUGUGGCAGCACCAGGCUCCGCCCCCUCAGCAGCGAGUAUGGGUGUGUGGCAGAGUUCCUCCUCCAAUCACAUCCAGCCGUCUGUGUCACAUGGCCCGUCAGCAGAGACUUCUUCAUCCACACCCCUGAGGAUGAAGACUCCGUUGUCCCAGCCUCCGUGGAGCAGGAAAGCGGUCCUGAUAAGAGGAACCCAGUGUGAGCUGCAGCAGCAUGGUGACAGCAGCAGGGCCCCUCAGCAGCAGCACAGCCUGCCCUCUGCACAGACCUCAGCUGCUGUCAGUAACACUCACUGUGGGGAGAACACAAAGAUCUCCUGUAUCAGCUCCACCAGUAGGACUAUGAGCUCCACAAUGGCUCCAUACAUCAGGACGUUGUUGGGCAGAAGCGAGGUCCCCGGUGCUGCAGAGCAUGGAGUCAGCCUCCUGGCUCACCACGAUAUAAGCCAGGCUCCUGGUAUGGUGCCCAGUGACCACCGCAAGAAGGGCUACGUAUGCAGAGCCUGCGGGAAGUCGUUCACCGGCCUAUCCAAUCUGGAGGCCCACGAGAGAGUCCACACAGGGGAGAAACCGUACCGCUGCGACACCUGCGGGAAACUCUUCUCCGAGGCCGGGAACCUGAAGAAGCACCAGAGAGUUCACACCGGGGAGAAACCCUUCAGCUGCCAGCUGUGUGGGAAGAGGUUCGCCUGGAUCUGCAACCUGAGGACACACCAGCAGUCUGUCACAGGCUGCGGGCCUGGGAUGAUCCCUGAGUAAUGCUAGUGUUAUUUUAUUCACACAUCCAUAGCCGCGGGAAGUCAUUUUACUUAGAGGGUGCUCGUGAAUUGUCAACGGCGAAACUGUGCCGUGCCUACACUAAUUGCGCCGCAUUUACGGCUUAGUUGAGGCCCCACGCAGUCUGCGUGAUCUGCGUGUAGGGAGGGGCGGCCAUGGUGCUAGUGAACUGUUAAUGGGGGGGGGGGGGGAUAGCCUUGCUGCAGGAACACGGUGGCCCUUGACGACCGGUCAAUCUGAUUCUCCAGACCCCUACUUCCCGCGGCUAUGCACACAUACAGAGACAUAUUGCUAUUUCUUCAUUCUCAAGAAGUGAUGUUGCAACAAAACUUUUCAGAUGUUUUGUUUCUUUGCUUAUAAUAAAAUAAUUGUUUCACUAUUCGCCCUUCA